AUGGGGGGUAUCGGUAAAACAACUCUUGCCAAGGUCGUGUUUAAUGAACUUUCUACCCACUUUGGAAAGCAUUGCUACUUUCUUGAAGAUGUUCGAGAAAAGUCGUCAAGAUUGGAUGGCUUAAUUGGAUUGCAAAAGAAGUUACUAUCUGAAAUAGGAAAUGCCGUGGGAACAGAAAGCAUUGAUGCAACUGACAAUGGAAUGGAGAGGAUUGGAGAAACACUUCGCAAUAAGGUCUUAAUUGUACUGGAUGAUGUUGAUGAAAGCGAACAAGUGGAGAAAUUAGUUGGAAAAGGUACUUUGUGUUCAGAGUCUAGAGUACUGAUUACUACUAGAAACAAGGAUGUGUUGCAAAUCACUAAACCAAAGUACAAUAUAUUACGUUAUGAAAUGAAGGUGAUGAGUAGUGAUCAUGCGCUUCAGCUUUUCAGCAGACAUGCAUUUAACAAGGACUCUCCUUCAGAUGACCGCGAUGAUAUUUCAAAGGAAAUUGUAUAUGGUAGUGGAAGCCUUCCUUUGACUAUUGCAGUAAUUGGUUCAUUUUUGAACAAUAAAAGACAAGCCCUAUGGAAAGAAACAUUGGACAAGUUACACAAAGCACCUCCACAAGGUGUUUUCAAAAAGUUGAGGAUUAGCUAUGAUGCAUUGACUCCUGAGGUUCAACAAAUUUUUCUGGAUAUUGCAUGCUUUUUCAUUGGUGAGGAAAUGACAAACCCAAUUUAUAUGUGGACAGAUUGUGAAUUUUUCCCAAUUAGUGGAAUUGAGGUCCUCAAAAACAAGUCCUUGAUAAAGAUUGGAGUGAACAAUGAGUUUUGGAUGCACGAUCAACUUAGAGAUCUUGGAAGGGAAAUUGUUCGUCAAGAAAAUCGAACAAUUCUUGAAGGGCGUAGUAGGUUAUGGAUUCGAGAUGAAGUCCUCACUACAAUGAAGACAAAGGAGAUGAAGAAAGUUCAAGCGAUGGAAGUAACUCACAAAUGCAUAUGUAUCAAAAGUGAAGAGAUUGGAAGGUUUAAAGAACUAAGGUUCCUUAGAUUAGAUGAUGGAUCCUUUGUUGGCGAUCUAAUGGAUUGUUUUCCCAAACUAAAAUGGAUUUAUUGGAGUGGUUCUCUGUUUUCACGCUGUGAGCUGACCAAUAUGUGCUUAAAGAAUGUGGUUGUACUUGAAUUUUCAAGCAUUCCCACUAUAGACGAUCAGAAAUUAUUGCAGUUAAUAAAGGGGGCAAGAAAAUUGAAAGUUCUUAGUCUUGCUAAUUGUCAUGGCAUAACCAAAACACCACUUAUCCAAAUGCUCAACUUUAGAGAGGCUGACUUUUUGGCUUGCAACGGCUUAACGAAGAUUGAUGGCUCUAUUGGGAAGUUAAAGGAUCUGAAAGAUUUAAAGUUUGAUCUUUGCGAUCGCCUUGAAGGUUUGCUUGAAAAAAUUGGGGACCUACGAAAUCUAGAGCACUUCUCUUUACAAUACUGUUGUGCAAUGAAGGAAUUACCGGAUUUCAUAUUUAAGUGGAAAUCAUUGCGGGAGUUGCAGCUUUCAAUUGCACGUCCAGUGGAGUUACCCAGUGCCAUCGGAAAGUUUGAGAAUCUGAAAGCCCUUCAGGUUGAAGGAAAUUUGAAAAGUCAACUUCCUUCUAAAAUUGGCUUGCUUCUACGGCUUCAAAUACUGGUGUUAAAAGGGUUUGAUGAAAUCCGAGAGUUGCCGGACCUCUCAAACUUGACUAAUUUGGUUAGGUUGAAACUAGAUGACGGCUCCAAAAAUAUUGACGGACUAGAUGGAACUUAUACUGAGAUAAGACUCGAUGGGCUUCAGCUUCCAAAUUUAAUGGAGCUUAUAAUUUUUGGCUGUGGACCCCUCGAGAGAUUCAUGCUAUCCAGCAUGACGAAGCUAGAAGAGGUCAACGUGGCGUGCUGCCCAAAAUUAGAUGAGAUCCACAUCGCUGGGGUUCUGGAAUUGUUGAGCAAUUUGGAUAUCAGUGAAUGUGAGUCCUUCAGAAGGUUUGUGUACGUUGACAGACAUUGGGAAUCUUCUCAUGAAUCUUCACUAGUCCUUGCAUCGAGAGUCUUCAAUAAGUUGCGGAGACUCGACAUAGAGAUUUAUGUUAAGACACUCAGUAUUCAAGUUGUUGGUGGGUCAAAAUCGUUGCAAGAAUUGAUAAUUUUUGCAAAUCAUUUGCAAAGUCUUGGUGGUUUGUCAAAAUUAAAGAACCUCGAGUACUUGUGCAUAGACUCCAGCCCUGAGCUACGAAUUGUCGAGGGCCUCGACAAGUUGAAGUUUUUGGAGUUCUUAUGCCUUGAUGACUGCCCAUUGUUGGAAAGUCUGAUUGACGUGUCGACCACCGAAUUGCCAAAUGAUUGCUACUUAAAUAUUGGCCGUUGCCCAAAAUUACUUGGGCUGAAGCAAGGAUUCGAAGGCUCCGUCCAAGAUUUCAAGCAAUAUAAGGAGGAAGAGAUUGUACCAGCUGCAUUAGCAGACCCAUUGGUUGGGCACCAAUUGAUGGUUUCACAUGCAGAGAGCAGUGCACAACUGCAAAUGCGCAUACCGGGAGACAUGAAGGAACUACUGUCUCCAUUUGAGCGGCGGCGGCGGCAGCAGCGGGAGCAGCUGAGGCAGUUGUGGGAGCAGCUGGGGCGGGAGCAGCUGCGGCAGCAGAUGUGGCAGCCGUUGUUGCAGUGGCAGCCGCUGCGGCGGCAGCCGCUGCGCGGCAGUCGCUGCCGCGGUGGCAGCCGCCGUGGCAGCAGCAGCUGCUGCUGCAGCGGCGGCGGCUGCUGCGGCGGCGGCUGCUGCGGCAGCAGCUGCUGCGGCGGCGGCGGCUGCUGCAGCAGUGGCAGCAGCAGCACCAGCGGCAGCUGCAGCAGCAGCUGUGGCGGCAGCGGCAGCAGCAGCAACAGCGGUAGCUGCAGCAGGCAGUGGCUGGUCUUGCAGAACCCAACGGCAGGCAGCAGCUGGUCUUGCAGAACUCAUCAGGGAGCUUGA